UAGAAGAUUUGGAUGCUCUAAAUAUUAUUCAUGUAGCUGGAACAAAAGGCAAAGGGUCCACAUGUGCUUUCACUGAAUCUAUUUUGCGAAGUCAUGGCUAUAAAACUGGUUUUUACAGCUCCCCACAUCUUAUAUCAGUCAAUGAAAGAAUACGUAUCAAUGGUAUACCUAUGGACAAAGAUGCAUUUACUAAAUAUUUCUGGAAAGUUUAUAGAGCUGUUGAAUCCAGUCUGAAAGAUGGUGAGACUAUGCCACCAUAUUUUAUGUUUCUCACAAUAAUGGCAUUUUAUGUGUUUGUCAUGGAACGGGUUGAAGCUGCUGUAAUUGAAGUUGGAAUUGGUGGGCUUUAUGACUGCACAAACAUAAUAAGAAAUCCAGUAGCUGUUGGUAUUACAACUCUUGGAAUUGAUCAUGUCAGUAUUUUAGGAGAUUCGCUAGCUGAAAUUGCGGCACAGAAGGCUGGUAUAUUCAAACCAGGUGUACCAGCUUUUACUGUUUCACAACAAGAGAGUGCUAUGAGAGUGCUUCGGGAGCAAUCUCGAGCAACCGGGUGUCCACUUGUUUUAUGCCCUCCAAUCGAAGCCUAUGAACAGUCUGUUUGUUUAGGUGUUGCUGGUGCCAUCCAGAGUGUGAAUGCUUCAUUAGCUCUUCAGUUGUCAAAAGCAUGGUUAAAUUACAAUGCCAAAGCUUACUCAACAUCAGUAGAAAUUUUAAAUGACAGAUGUGAUAAUAUUUCAGAAGAUGAAGAUUUAUCAUAUCUCCCAUUGCCUAUUGCUAUGCCUUUUAAACUAGAUGCAAAAUUCCAAGAAGGCUUGAAAUCCUGUGUGUGGCCUGGCAGGUUUCAAACAGUGGAAAAAAAUAAGCUGACGUUUUAUUUAGAUGGUGCUCAUACGCAACAAAGUAUCAGGCAUUGUAUUAAGUGGUUUAAUGAUGUGAGCCAGCAGCAUCGAAUGAAAUAUCAACCACCUGUGUUGCGAAUACUUCUUUUUAAUUGUACAGGUGAAAGAAAAGCUGAAAGCCUUUUGGAUCCAUUGGCUGAUGCACAUUUUGAUUUAGUUAUAUUUAGUCCAAACAGGCUCACUGUCACGAAAGAUUCUUCUUCAGAUCUCAGCAAUUUUUUGGUCGAACCUGAGAAAGAAAUGCAGCAAUGUAUAACAAAUAAAGAAAUAUGGAAUCACUUGAUCAGAAGUAUGCAUGAAAAUGAGCUAAAUUUAGCUCUCAAUGGCAAUUCCACACCACAAGUGAAGCCCGAAAUAAGUGCCUUUAACUCAGAAAAUUCGCUACUAUUUUCUUGCUUAAGUAGUGCAAUAAACUGGUUAAACAGGUUUGAUUCCGUUGUUACACAUGAAUGUGAUAUAAAUGACAAGAAUGAUAUUUUUGCUCAAAUGUUGAAUAAUGCCAGCCAUAUACAGGUUCUGGUCACUGGAAGUCUGCAUUUAGUUGGUGGAGUUUUGAAAUUGAUACAGUCUUGAAUAAUUAGUUCUUUUACUCAGAUGAUGAAAUUUAUUUCUUUUGCAUUAUUUUUUAUAUACAUCUACUCUUACAUGGCAUUCAUAGUCAUUUUGCAUUAUUUAUUUGUUGUAAAUAAUUGAUGUAUACUUCCAUGUAUAAGCCAAGAAUUUUUAGCAAAUGUUUGGCUACUUAAGUUUGGGAAUAGACUUUAUGUAUGAAUUGAAAACAUUUUAGAAAUCAUUUAAUCAUAAAAAUGAUACUGAAGGCUAAACAACUGAAAAAAUAUAACUUUAAUUUUAUAUAUUCAUAACAUUUAUUAAUCAGUACUUUUUUUCUAAAAUGUGAUCUCUUAGCUGUCUGGAAAGUCUGUUGUGUAGAUCACUGUAAGUAGCUAUUGCGUAAAUACUAGAGGAAGCUCACAUACCACAGGAUACAGCAGUGAAUUGAACAAUUUUAAAAGUGCUACCUAGAGGGACUGAUUAGCUUUAUUUACUUAUAUGCAAGAACUCUCAGUAAACACUAAAGCAUUUAGUUUUCAAGCUGGGGAAAAAAAAAAAAAAAAAAAAAAAAUUCUAAAAUGUCUAUUUAAAAAAAAAAAAAAAAAGUCUUAGAUGCCCACCAUCCCUCCAUACACACUCGGAAAGACUUCUGUUAACAUUACUCAUUAUCUGUUGCAGCAUCUGUAGGAAUUCAUUUAAUUUCUUCCUUAAUUCGAUGUUUGAACACCUGAAUUUUAUGUGUGGUGUUAGAGAACUAAACACAUGUGAUUUCAAGUAGCCCCACAGAAAAAAAUCAGCCUCUAUGUUCUAGGGUGAACACACUGUUUUUUUCACUACUGCCUCUCUUAUUUACUGUCAAAUCAGUGGCGUCACAGUUUCAUACCCAUUUCUUGAUAGCAUCGGCUAAUGGAAUAGCGUUAUUACCAUGAAUCUUAACUCUUUUCAAAAUUCAUGCUGAGUUAUUAUGUAAUUGUUGCCGUUUUUUAAAAUGCCUGUACAGCAUAAGCAUGUUGUGCUUCUGUCCACUGCUCCAUUGUUACUAAAAAUACUUAACAUUUUUUUUUUACAUGUUUUUAGUAGAAUCUUUCUUCCCACUCCAGCCAAACCAAAACAAGCAUUGUUGCUUAAUCAAUUCACUACUGCACCCUGUAUAUUGCAUUCAUUGGAAUGUACAGUUAUCCAUCCCAUAGCUAUUUCCAAUAGAAAUUUUUUGAAUUUUAGUUUAUUUUGUGACGGAUAGUUAUAGUAAAUUUUGAAUGCAUUGAACAAAGUGGAGUUUGUGAGAAAGAAUGCUUAUUUCUUUGACCAUUUUAAACUUUUUCAUAAGAUAUUACUCUUCGCCAAAUACUGAUCUAUGUGAUUGACCCCUUUCGUGUGUUUAUUAUAUUCUAAUACACUUAUAGGUUUAAUCGUGUCAUGCACAGAAUUUCUUUUUUUCUCACCACUUGAUUUCAGGAUUGAUUUCAUGAAUAGUUGCUAUCAUACGCACUAGUCUUUUAUCCUUCCAUGUAAUAAGAGCAAUAGGUCCCCUUCUACAAAAGUCAUUUCUUCUUUGCAUACACUUUUGGACUCUUUUAUUAGAACUUUUGGUAAGCCAUGGGUUUCUCGUAUGGUACGGCAGGCUAGAGUUUUCUUUCUUCAUAAGAUUUGGAUUGUAGAAGCACUGUUAUUAUAAUUGUCUUCAUAUAUAUAAUGCCAAUGACUAAGAUAUGGCUCCAACACAUACAAUAGGAUUUUUUGCAGCUUCUUUCACUGUCCUGAAUAGACUUUCAAGUUGCAUAUGUAUCUAAUUUCACUUUCACAAAGCAUUCUAACUAAAAUUCUGUAUUUUAAUUAUUUUUGCCGUAUCAUACGUUCUGAAGGUAAGGCAUCCUCUGUAUAGUACUAUUGCUUUGUCUAAAGCUAACUCCUUUUUGGGAAUGUAUAGGAAUUGAAAUUUUAAAAUAAUAUCAUCCAAAAGCAGUCUAAUUUUGCAAAGUCUUUGCCUAGUGGAUGUAUAUACAUAUUUUCAUUCAGAUGGAAAAAGUAAAAAUUUGGUCAAAUCUCAUUCUGGAUAUAGUUUUACGAAAUAUUGGUGUUUCAACCAAAGAGCCCAUUGACCAAUAAUCUCUCCAGUGUGAUUUCUUGGUUUGUCCAUCAAUACCAGUAAUUAAAAAAAAAAAAAAAAAAAGAAAAGAAAAAGAAAGAAAGAAAAAAAAAAAAAAAACUUGUUUAAUUUCAUCAGUGGUAACAUUUGUCCAUAGUAAGAGUUUCACAGAGUUUUAAUGGAAUUCUUUCAGUUGAGAGUAGUAUAUAAUGGUUUGUGUAACAAUUAAAUAAAUAAAAAAAAAACUAUAAUAAAGUACAGCCAUUACCUUACUGAUACUUGGCAUAUCAUUAAAUUGAACAGUUAACCAGGGAUGUUUAAAAAAUCCUGUAAGGUUGACGUUAUAUUAUCCUUAAUCCACUCCUCUUCUAAAUCAUUGUCACUAUGAGAUUCUAUUACAUUUCUUCAUUUUUGUUACCUAAUAUCAGACUCAUCACCGUCUUCCGAUAAAGUAUCACUUAUUUCAAAAUCACUGAGGCAAUCAGGAUAAAUCAGAGUUUCUUAAACUGUGGGUUGCAAUUCCCAAGGGGUUGCGGGACCUGCAGCAGGGGUUAACAAAAAUUUUAGCAGUUUUGUGAUAUUUCUUUAACUUAUUAUAAUAAUAUUUAAAUUACCAAAUAUUUUUACACAAUACAUCUGAAAAUAGAUAACGAUAAGACAAUAUAGUCAAAGAAAAAAAAAUGAAUACAUUUCGACGCAUUCUUUUUAUAAUAUAAACAUUCAUUUUCCUUGCUUUGCAUGUGAUGCUGUUAUUUCAUCUGUUACUUAUUUAAAAUUUUUACAUUUUCUAUGUCUUAAAAUUAGAAAUUAAAGUUAAUGACGUAAAACUGCAAUAAUAUAUUACAGUACAAGUGAAAAAAUUGACAGUUUCAUCCGACACACACGUGACAAUCAUUCACGUGUGUGUCGGAUUUGCGCAAUACUUAUGGGGUCCCACAAAAUUUUUGUAAUAAUUAUGGGGUUCUGGGGAUCGCAAAAAAAAUCUCAGUGAUAAAAGGGGAUUGCGACUCGAAAAAGUUUAACAAACCCUGAGAUAAAUCAGCUGUGUGUAAUUCGUUGAAGGAUUCUUCAUCGGUAUGUUAUGUGUCAGGGUUUAAAUUUCUUUUUAAUAGAAAGGGUAUACAACUUGACAGGUGUUUUUUAAUUAGCUAGAGAAACUUGAGGUCUGCUGAAUAACAAUUACACUCCAUCCAAAAAGGCACUGACUGAACGAAGCUGAAGUGAAACAAAGGCAUAUCAAUCAUGAAUUUACUCAUGACUGGUCAACAACAUUUUGCCAUGACGACACGAGUUUACUUGUGGCCAGUCAAUGCGUUUACAUCGUUGUUGUGUGCUUAAUAGAUAAUAGUAUCUUCACUUCUGUCCAUAGCAUUGCUCAGAACAAGUGAAUACUUUUAGUUUAUAAUUAGCAAAACUGGUAGUCUUUUUUUUUUUUUUUUUUUUUUCCUUCAGUAAACUUUUUUCUUUUCGUCAUAUAGCAGAAAUAAAGAAUCAUUUUUUACUUCUUGCAGGAAAUAUCUAGUGACUACUUGAAAAUGGUUGCCACUGCCAAAGUACAAUUCACCUGCUACUGCUAAAUGUUGUGCAUGUCCAAAUAUCGAUAAACUUGAGAUGAAUUAUUUAUCCUUAAAUUGUCCUUUUCUUUGUACAAUUUUCUUACCUCUGUUUCUCAGUUGGAUGAUGGAGGUAAAUUGGCACUUUACCUUCAGCUUGUCUGAUAGAUCCAGCUAACUUAGAAAGCGAGUUAGUCAUACAUAUAGCUGAAUUUUGCUUUUGAACAGGUUUUCAGUUUCUGCUAAAUUUUUGUAGCACAAUCUUGCCUCUUGGCUCAUUCAUGGAUGAUAAGCUUAUUUUCAGAAAUAUGUGCUGAUUGUGAUUUUAUACUUUAAUACCAAAUUACGUUUUUAUUAUAUUUUAUGAAUUUUAUAAUUUGUAAGAAAAGAGACAAAAACUUACUUUUUUUUUAUUGGUGUGUAAAUACAGUACAGUAAAGAAUCAUUGUGUCUAAGUCAGUUUAGAAAUUAUAAUACAGGUAGGCCUCCUGCAGUGUGGUAGGAGCGCUGCUUAAAAAUACUGCGUUGUGGGAAAUAGCAUUGUAGGAGAUACCUACUUAAUACAAAAAGUGGGAUUUGGCUCUAAAAAGAGAAAAACUGCCUUUUAUGGUGUAAUUUUUUCAUUGUUUUUAAAAUUUAUGUGCAUAAAACUUUUCAUAAAAAACUUAAAUAAAAUUUAACAUCAUAUAAAAACAAAAAGAUUAUGAUUUCAAGUCAAAAUCAAAAAGCAAAAUAAUGUUAGACUCACAAAUUUAUUCCUCAUCAUCACUUAUUAUUAGUUGUUCGAGAACAUUUGACUGGCUUUCUUUCAAGAUCUCAGCUUAUUUCAUCAUCAAGUUCCACUGCACUUCCAGUAGGCUUAGGUUUAAAAAAAAAAUGUCGUUAGAGAUUGUUUGCUCUUGCUUUGCAAAUCUUUAUAAAUAUCUUGAUAGGCAGAUAAGCAGUUUUGAAGAUUUCUUUUAAAUAUUUCUGCUCUUUCUCUGGCAGUGGAUUGUUCUCUAAAAAAUCAGAUUCCAUCUAUUUUGCCACAUUUAAACAUUUUUCUAUAUCUUUCAGAGUGAACUUUUUGGUUUCUUCAUUGAAAACAGUUUCAGUGAAUCCAUCACCUUUCAUUUCAUGUGCAAAACUUACUAUAAUUAUUAUACUCAUGCUGAAUUGGCUCAACAAUAUUUUCUUGACUGACUGUUUCUGGUAAUAAAGAUUUCCAGGAAGCAUUUAGAGAUGACUGGCAUAUUUCUUUUAGGACCGAGCCAAUAAUUUCUAUAAAAUUGAAAAUUGUCUCCAAGCUUCACUGACUACAAUAUCUGUAGACUCUAUUUUCUCCAAAAUUAAUUCAAAUGAUUUAAAAGUCACAAUCAUUCCUUGAUUCAAGGGUUGCAGUAGCGGAGGGGUGUUGCAUGGUAAAAAUGCAGCCUCAACGUUGGGGUGAUUUAAAUCAGUUGGACGCAAGGGUACAUUAUCUGAGAUUAGUAGGACUCUGAAUGCUAAGUCCUUCUUUUUGAAAUAUUUUUCUACAUCCAGACCAAAACAGUUAUGGAAUCAAUCUUUAAAUAAAUGGCCAGUCACCCAUGCCUUUUUGUUGGCUAUCUAAUACACAGGAAGUUUGUUUUUAUUGCACUGUUUAAUUGAGCAUGGAUUUAGUGCUUGAUGAAUGAGCAUUGGCUUGGUAAUUAAAUCACCAGAUGCGUUACUGCAUAGAAAUAGAGUUAUGCAACUUUUUUUUUUUUUUUUUUUUUUCCCCAUUCUUUGAGAUAUAGGUCCUGUUAAGCAUUUUCCCCAUGAUAAUUCUGUUUCAUCAGCAUUAAGCAUUUGGUCAGCCAAAUACCCCUUUGUUCAAAUAAUAGCUAUUAGUUCUGCUAGAUAUUUUUUUGCUGCCUCCUCAUCUGCAGAGGCCUUUUCCCCUUGUAGGUGUAUGUUGUGCAGUGAAUGGGGUAUUGUUUUGAAUUUUUCAAACCAACCAUUGCUAGCCAUUAAUUUAACACUGUUUUCAUCAGCUAAUGACUGUCCCAUAUGUUUUAAAUAAUCAAAUAUUAAGGGUCAAAUCUUUUUGUUUAAGUGCACUUUUAUUUAAAAGCAACCAUUUCUUAUUCAUAUCUUCUACCCGUAAUAUUAGCACUUCUUCCAUUUUUUCCCUUAUAGGUGCUCUCAGAAGAACAUUUUUCAUGAGCAUAAAUAAUCUGGAUGUGACUAAAUUCCUAAUCUUUUCUUCCAAUUGCUUAUUCGACCGAGUAGUUGACUCAAUUAAAUUAAAAUGCCUACCAAUAUCAGCUAUCUGCUCUUGAUUUUUAAUUCAAUCGAAAAUUUCUAUCUUUGUUUGAAAGAGAUAUAAAUUUCCUUUUUAAUGACAGUCUUUUCAUUCUAUUGUUAGGGCUAAGAUUUUUUUUCAUUCAGUUUUAUGGGCAGUAAAAAUCACGUACCUUCACUGUGUUGUUAAAAAAUAUAAAGCACUUGUUUAUAGCUGUCCCAGCACUAAAGUAAGUAAAACUAUUAAAAGCAUUUUCACCUACUUUUUUGCAUUAAAAUGGGGAACUCCAAUACAAAAAGCAAACGCUCAACAGAGGACACGAGAAAGACUUUUCUUUUCCUGUGCUCUGUGUCACUGAGCAGUUAUGUUAAUGUGCACUAUACUAGCAGUCAACCUAAGUUGAGAACACUGAAUAUAGUAGAAAGUGUUUGCAUCCACCAUAGAGUAUAGUUCUACCAUUCUAAGAAGUCGUGUUGUAAAAAUUACAAUAUGAAAUGUAAAUAUUAUUGAGCAAAGAGAAUGUAAAGAAAAAAAAAAUAUGUGAAGCAGUAGAUUAUAUUGUAUCUAGCUCUUUAUUUUAAAAUGUGUUACUAUCACAUCAAUCAUUCGAUGACCAAUAGGAGGCCAUCCUCUUUCUUGGCAAAACUGCAAAUAGCAACCCCAACUUCACCCCACUCACUGAGAAAAGCAAUUAAGCACUCAUUCAUUCCCUGACUGGGAUGAAAAGAAAGCAACUGCUGUGCUGAAAGAUUUUUAAACAAUAAAUAAAAUUCUUAAUAAUUUAAAUUUUUAUUUUUACUUUUGAAGUGAUAAACAUGGAGGUUAUUUACCCUAGAAUUUAACUAUUAGAUUCAACUGCAGCUUCACCUCGUAAAACAAUUGUUAAAUACACUGGGUUAUGGCAAGAAUCCAGCAAAUGUGUGAUGAAUUUGAGGAAUCAAACAACCACGGGCAGUUGGGUGCAUACAAUCCAAGCAAGACUUUUUGUACUCUUUACAGUAAAUUACUUUAUCCAUGCUCAGAAUGCCUACAUAAGAUUACAAUACUAGAAAGCAAGCAAGCCAUAGCUGUCAUGCAAAGAUGAUGCACAAUGGAACAAAGAGAAUGAAUGUGUGUCCGUGGCAGUUCCUAGAAUUCCUGUCUAGGGGUAAGUUUCUGCUUUGUGUGCUGAUGCGCUAUGUCGGUUAAAGGUUUAUCCAACUGAAGACUAAGGGGAGCUGCCACACAUUACCUAAACUACAUUGUUAAAGUACCAUGCUGUAAGAAACUUUCCACAUUUUUCUAACCGCUUUGGAGCGAAAACGUGUUGUAGGAAGCCUACAUGUAUUAGCAAAGGGUCAUCGUGCAAAAGUCACUUCAAAUCUUGUAAUUUUCAGGAUGUGGUAAGUUUAAUCCAAUGGAUAAUAAAACUUGUUACAUCCUAAGAAGGAAAAGUUUUUAUGGAUUUAUAAAUUCUGCAGUUAUUUAUAUACUAUUUUUUUGCAUAUUAAUAUAAUAAUGAAAGCAUUAAAUUCAGAUUUCUGCAGAUGUGUAUAAAUUAAUGUACAUAAUAUUGUAUUUUGCAGCAGCAGAAUUGAGCAAUUAAAGUAACAGUUCUGAGUGUUGUGAAAUAAUGUCAUUUUAUCAUGUAUUUUGCUUGCAGUUAUGUGAAUCUAUUUUCAGUUAAUGCUUUAGUAGAAUAAAGGCAUUAGAAUGUUUUAGGUUGAAGUAUAUUUCUAGUCUUUUGUCCAUACAUUGAAAAGUAAGGACCACCAUGGGAUUAUUUACCAUAUAAAUUGAUGAAUAGUUGAGCAUAUUUUUAGUAAUGUUAUUAAUAUCACAUCAAAGAUUUUUUUGUUUCUAUUUUGAUUAUAUUUUAUUGUCUAGAAUCUAGUAUUGUUUUAUUAUUUGCUAUUCAUGCUGUUAAUUGUUGCUUUUAACCUUUUCAUUCUUGUUAAGGAGAUUCUCUUGUAGGUCUGUGACCUUGGAGUGCUGAAUGUCAUUAUGUGCUCAUGGUCUUUUUGUUGAAAUAUUUGGAUUCUUUUAUGUAUAUAUAUAUAUGAUUUAAUUCUUUUCAUACAUAAAAAAUCUGAUUUAUGCAAUUAAAAAUUUGAAACAAGGCAAAGGCAAUUCGAAACAAUUGCUAAUAAUGAUUAUAUUUAUACAUUUUGUUCUUUUCUGUGCAUUAACAUGGCAGAAAACUCAAAAAAUUCAAAAGAUCGGUGCAUAUUAUAUCCUAUACUAUAUCCAUACUAUAUAUGUAAAACAUUGGAGUGUUUUGACUAUGUAAAAUAUGUCUAAAUCUUGUGUGUUUUACAAAUUAUAAUGAAGUAAAAAUAAUGCCUAUAGUAACAAACUUUAAUGCUUCAGAUAUUCCAUUAAGUAGUUUCCUUGACAUUUUGGUAUCAUUUAUGCUAUCUUAAAGCUUCUUUUAAGACAUUCCAUGUUUAUCAAAUUCGACAUUGUCGGCCAUCAGUGAUACUUCAUUCCCAUAUUGCAUGUGAUAUAGUAGGUCUACGAAGGGAAACUGAAGCAUAGAUGUGCUGAGAGCAAAUAUGUUAUUUGACAUUUUUAUAUAUGGUGCAUUUUGUGACAUGUAAGUACAUACAUAUAUAAACAUGCAUAAUUUUCAUUAUGUAUUUAAACUAUAUUUAAAUUUUCAUGAGAUAAUCUGGUAUGCCAAACUUUUUGUAAAGUAAUAAAAUAUUUUUGUAUCAAUAAAAUUAAUUCACUGGAA